CAAAAAACAUUACAUUUUCUCCAGGUUCGCGCAGAACUUUCCAAGUUUAAAGUUUGCAACAGACCGGUAAGUCCUGAGGCUUUGUUCCUUGGUAAAUGGUAGUCCCGUAUUGGAGGUAAUUGGCACGACAUCAAAGAUUUUAUUAGUCAAACAUGAGGGCCUGAAUGUACGAUAUUGAGAACUUAACUGGUUAGAAAACUGCUAUGAUCUCGUAGGCUUUUGGUACCAUUAAUAUAUUGAAGACUGAAUAGGUAAGUCGUUAAAAGGUUUUUUGCUACGAUGUUAAAGAAUUUAUUGGCAACUUUUUUAAGGUUUGCGUGCCACGACUUUAAAAAAAAUCUAUUGACAUUGACAGAUUUAUUCAUGUUAAAGGCGUCGUCGGUAAAGCUGGUGUUUUAUUUUAUUUUUCUGUUCUACCCCUUCACUCAGUUAUCCGAGGAGCUGUUUUACUCGAUUUUUUCUCAUUAUGUAUCUAUUUUCAGGACGGCGACGACUAUAGUUGCCAAGCUGGAUUGUCCUGUGUCCAGACCAAGCUUUUCAUCAUGAAAGGACAAAAAGCCUACGUCAAACAGUGCGUGCCGGAAGGAAUGAAGAUCAACGUGGAAACAGUCAACAAGGAUCAUGAUCAAACCUCCAGAAACAGCCGAUUAUUGCCCGGAUUACCUCAGCUACCACGCCAAGUAAGAAACUAACAAAAAAAGAGGGGUUUUGCAAAUAACACUCUUGACACAAUUUACCACACUAGAAAGUACUGUAGGCAACCAUGGCCGACAACUCCUCAAGAUGCCGCUCCCAAAUCGAACAAAACCCAUGGGACUACACCGGGUCUAACUCCUUUCCUUUUAGUGAAAAGUAGUUUAGGCAAAUUGGGUUUGUAUGUAGACCCAUCUUCAGAAUUCUCUUAACUGAAUCUUGUGGGAUUUAAAACAACAACAACAACUAACUACAGGGACGUAACAAUCGCUCAGGGGCCACACCUAGCUAUAUGGUGGGUGGGGAUGAUGCCUUGCAUGGGACCUUUGAGUCCUGUUCGUACCCCUCCCUAGUGAGUAGGUCGUUGGCCAAUCAAGCGGAUAAGUCCUCUCCAAAUUAUAAUUAGUGACGGAGUCAACGCCAACGGCAUUGAGGUUUGCGCUGAAAAGUCUCUGUUUCAAUCUCAGUUACCGGUAACUAACACUUAAUAGCCUUUCACAACACAUCAUUUUUUAAACAAUUGCUUGUUGUUUCUUAAGCUUCUACAGAGUUGCCGUUCUGAGAGUGAUUGCGAACAGAAUCAAUGCUGUCCUCGCUUUGUCAACCUAUGCCUUCCAAAACUGCCAGAGAUGGCAGAAUGCUCUCUAAAGGUAUAUGUUAAAGUCUUUAUGUUACUGUCAGCUAUACGGGUGCCAGAUGACUCCGCUCGAAAGAGGUUCCCUUUUCAUGCCUCGGGUAUUUUUCCACGAGUUAAUGCCGGCUAUGAAAGGGUGCUGAAGUUUGCCGAGCAUUAGAGUAUUUAUAACAGGCGCACCUUUCACCGGCUCUAUCACCUGCAUUUAAUUAUCAAAUGCUGUAAGAAAUUGACAAGAGCACCUUCUGUGAAAUAUGUACCAUUUAGCGGUAUACCUGUUCUGGUAUGUAAAAAGGUAAGGGGUUGAACUCGGCUCAGGGCUGAGUCUUUAGUAUAUAACUUAGUUGAGUAGCCCAAUCUUCCAGGAGAUUCCCGUAAUGCUGGUGUUCAUAGGUUACAAAAAGUGGCUUUAAACAACAGUGCAGUAAGUCAAAUGUACAAUAUAUUCAGUUUGCCCAAAAGAGUGCUUUCUUUUUUCAACUCUAGGAAUUACACAACUGUGGCUGUCAAGAUGGACUUAAAUGCCAAAAGACGGGCGAAGUCACGAUUCCGAUCAUUGGCAUCAAAGUUCCGCUGCUGCAGUGCGUGUCGUCCCUCCCAGGCGGAGAUACUUCUUAG